ACAGGCCGUUACAUCUAUAUUUUAAUAGUUCUGAUCUAAUUUAUCCGUGGCCAGAGGGUUCUUCCUUCCACGGAAAAUAUCCGCGGAUACAUUAAAAACUCAAAAUUGGAUCAGCGGUUGCUUGGAACAGGACCCAACUGGCAUCUUUAUCUUGUUGUUUCUCGCAAGUCAGGCUGAUUACCAUGUCUUCUGCUACUUUAUUCAGUUUCUAGGUGGGCUCGUAACCAAUCUGUCACGAGGGGUUUCAGAUUAGGUUUUUAUAUAUAGUGUAUGUCGGAUUGAUUGUCAUUCGUAGCAACUUAACCUUAAACGACAAGCACCAAAACCGUGAGUAGACAGUAGUUGAGUUUGUGUUGAAGCCUAGCUAGCUAGCUAUCCGUUUGUGUUUCUGGUGGACAUGAAUUUCCCACUUGGCUUUAAUAAUUCCACAUCUGAUUACGGGACUCCCACCAAAGAGUUUUCUGUCCUCGCUGCCAUUGUUUGCUGCAAAAUUGUUUAUCAAGCCACAGGCGUGGUUAGCCUUUCGCUGUUUAAGGGAUAUGCAAAACUCAACAGCGCGCAGAAACUUGAAUGGAACAACAGGGGUUUCUCUACUUUCCACGCCUUCUUUGUGGCACUUGCUUCCUCGUAUAUUCUGCUUGUAUCAGAUCUUUUUAAAGACACCUCUGAGGAUGUUCCAAUGACUUUUAGGACAUCUACCUUGUCCGAUACAACACUCGGGAUAUCCUUUGGUUAUUUUUUAUCAGACUUGGCGAUGAUUCUUUGGAAUUUUCCAGCUUUAGGUGGUAUGGAGUAUGUUUUGCACCAUGGACUCUCCAUGUUUUCAAUUAUUCAAUCCCUUGUAAGUGGUCAAGCGCAAUUUUACAUACUAAUGGUUCUCUUUACUGAGGCCACAACUCCCUUUGUGAACCUGAGAUGGUAUCUGGAUGUUGCUGGUAAAAAGAACUCUAAACUCUAUACAUGCAAUGGUAUUGCAUUGUUCCUGGGGUGGUUGGGUGCCAGGAUCCUUUGGUUCCUCUUCUUUUUCUACCACAUGUUUAACCAUUUUGAUCAGGUUCAGAAAGUGUAUCCCUUGGGCUUCUACAGCAUGCUUAGCAUACCUCCUGUGUUGGCAAUGAUGAAUGUGUUUUGGUUUUGGAAAAUUACGAAAGGAAUGAUAAAGACACUUACAAAGGCAAGGCACAGUGUGUAGUUUAAAAUUUUAUGAAUGAUGAUUGCUUCCUUUAGUUUUAGUUAGUCCCACACAUCUGUAAAUGUUGCCAUUGGCUUUUCUGGAUAUUAAAAGACUGGAAGUUUAAUUGUCGAGGAUCUUUAUUGAAAUUUAAUCGAAAGGUUCCCGUCAUAUCUAAAUGAAAA